AGAGGUACGUCGUAAAGUGAAAGAGGUUAGCUGAAGAAGAAAACACCCUGCACCAUGACAAUGGCAGCUCUGGUUCUCAAGUGUUCCCUCUUAUUAAUGGCAGCAACGGGCUGUUGUUGUUUUCUGGUUCCGACGACGGGAACAUCGGUGGAAGAGAAGGCGGAUGCGGCGAUUCCGGUGACGACCCUUUCACCGCCGGAAGGGAACACGACUUUCCUCGACGGUAUAACAUGGUGCGUGGCACGGGCCGGGGUCUCCCAGAUCGACUUGCAGAAUGCGUUGGACUGGGCGUGUGGGCUGGGAAUGACCGAUUGCGGUGCGAUCCAGGAGGCGGGCGAAUGCUACGAGCCCGACACGCUUGUUUCUCAUGCCUCCUACGCCUUCAACAGCUACUACCAACAGAACGGAAACUCCGACAUCUCUUGCAAUUUCGGAGGAACCGCCACUUUAACGAAACACAACCCUAGUUACGGGAAGUGCCUCUAUGCUGCACCAGGAUCUGUUCGGCCGUCAGCAGCACUUCCUCGAUUCGAGUACAAAUGGAGCUUCUUGUGGGUUAAAUUUGUCGGGUGUUUAGUACUGGUUUUUUACAAGGGAAGCUAA